GCGGUUUUGUCUCUCACUCACUCUGUCGUGUAAUUAUCAGUUUUUCUUUAAAUUAAUUCAGUAACUAAGAUCAUAUCUUGUUUAAACGAAGUUAUAUUAUUAACAUGAUGCUAAAGAGACUGUAUACAGACAGUGGAGUUGGUAGUAUCUGAGCUACGAGCAGCAGAAAGUGUAAAUAUUCCCAACGAGAUUUUGGGAGUUGGUCGCGUUUGGUCAAACAGCAGCUGUGGGCAAAUGAGCUAAAGCAGUUGUGAGUGUUUUGUGUUGUGUGUUUGACACCAGCUCCUUACUUCAAAAGGGAAAGCAUGUGUGUUGACAGCAAGGCAAACGGUGUGUGUGUGAGAGAGAGAGAAAGUGUGAAACUCCUCUCCUUCAGUCUCUUAUUGGGGGAGUGUGAGGUCAACAAGCCCUUAUUCACAUUAUGUCCUCCUGCCACAAUGGAAAUAAGCCUUCAGAAGGGUUUCACUUCUCCACCAUCGACCUUUCAUGCUUCCAUAGAGGGCUCUAAAGAGAAAGAACUGCAGUUAAGUGUGUCUCUGUGGCCCUAGAGACUAGGACCAUAUGUCUAGAACUAGAGGGAUGAGACCUAAUGGAAAUGGAAAGCUCCUCCUCACUUUUCACAAAAUCUUUAAACUGUCAUAAGAUGACUGGGUCAUUUCCUAAUCGGCAAGAUCAUUUUACAAUUUACCUGAACCCCUAAACAUGCACGACACUUUCGUGAGACCAGAUUUACGUUUAUGACUCUUGUAACUACUCUGCUUUUCUAUUCGUUUCGCUAUAGUUAGUGAAUGCUUUAUGUACGGCGAACAACUAAACAAUAAACUGAUACCGUAAAAGUUCACGUGUUCAUCCUGAACCCCAGUAAAUUAUUUAUCCUUGCGUACUGUGAACCCCAAGUGUUUGCGAAAGGAUCCCAGCAGCGUAAAGAGAUGAAUCAACCCAGUCUGUAUGCUCUUGUUUGCGAAUUUGCCAGAAUUCACUCAAUCCACCUGGUGUAAAUUUUGUGUCAGGUUAGGAUGGUCUGGUGAUAAGGAAGUGUGCAGAUGUUGACUAGUGGUCAAAAGGACUGCAGGGCAGUAAAAGGCCACGAUGCUUUAAAAUCAGAAUCAUUUUAUUCACCAUAUACAUUUACAUGUAUUAGGAGUAUUUCUUGGUGUUUGGUCACAACAUGAUACAUUCAACACACACAUCUCAGACAACACAGCACAUGUACCAUCCUAACAUACAAAUAUUGCACCUUAAGCGGAAAUUAUAGGCUCAGAUGUAAUUUACAUUACAGUGGAAGUAGAAAUAGCAGCUGGAUGCAGUUCAGGGUGGAUUAAACGGACUGGAACAACUGUGAUAUAUAACAGCAAUGAUAUAUAGUUUGUAAAAAACAUUUAGUGCAGAUUGCUUGUUACUGGCAGGUCAGCAGUGUAGUGAUUACUGAAUGCUGCCCAGGUAAUACUGCUCAAGUUCAACAGAAUUUAUAGGAUUCCUUUUUUUAUGGAAUCGUAGGUCACACCCUGAAGUCUCAUGACAAUAAGUCUGUUGUCUCUGUGUGAGUACAAAUUUCUCGUAGGGGUAACAUUGAGCACGUAGAGCUGGACGAUAUGGACAUAGAGCACGUAGAGCUGGACGAUAUGGACAAAUAUAUUGCGAUAUAUCUUGCAACAUAUUAAAGCAUCUGGAGAAUCUGUGAUUAACUGGAUGAUAAAAUGCUAUAAUUUUGCACAGAAAACUUAUCUGGAAACUUAUCUGACAUUGUGGUUAGGAUGUUCAUUUGCAUAUAGCAUGCUUUGUCAAAAUGAUUAAUGCAAAGGCCAGUAUUGCAGUAUUGUGCAGCCCUACUAUAGAGUCUGUAGGAGUGGAAGGAAGAGGAACAAGCAUGCUUGACAAAGCCAGAAAGUCACUUAACUUGUGGGAUAUUAGGCCUACGUGGCAAGCAGAAUUGGGUUUGUUCCCUAGCGGGAGCACAUUUCUAUACUUAGACACCUAAUAUGAUUACACUGUGAAUAAUACACAGACACAAAUACGCAAGUAUUUGUCAUGUGGCCUUUUCACUUUAGUCAUAAGAUGCUGCUAUAAAAGCACAGUAUGCAACAUGCUGAUAGUUAUAUUAUAUAUUUUUUUAAUAUUGCCUGUCAGUUUUUAAUUUGACUUUUCAUAGAUGUCUUGUUUACGUGCUUCUUGUCAUCUGUUAAUUUUGCUAAAUUGCUGUGCGUGUGUAGAUGACAUAUGCAAACAGAGUUAGAAUCAAUACCCCUUUCAUCUAAUGUCCUACAGCAGUGAACGUCCUUCCUCUUUAUUAAAGAUCAAUGGAUUGAGCGCUCUUGUCUUCCUGCAUUACUGAUAAAAGACAUGCAUUCCUAAUCCUCAAAUAAGUUUCAUGUUUAUAUUCAAUGUCAACCCUUGCUUUCCAAGUGUCUGCUAAAUAUCAUUAUCUAAUUCUGCUGAAGUUGAGUCAUUGUAUGAAUGUCACAAGGACCUAAUUCACUGAGCUUCUCCAGAUUGAGGGGGAGGUAUACGUUUAGAGAAGAGUUUUUGCCUGAGGAUUGCUAAAAACAAAUGUUAUUCUUAAUUUACAGCAUACAGCUAUGACCUGUUUUUUAGCGCCCAGUUUAAGAUUUACGCAUUUCAGGACCCAUCUAAUUUCAAGGAUACUUUAGAAAACUUGACUGAUAGCUGUGAUUUGCAUAGUGUCAUGCAGUGGAUUUAGCUCAUUUCUUUGUUUCAGUUUUCUGUGUUAUUUUUCUGGCCCAGAACUACGCUCCACCCCUCCUCUCCACGACUCUGCUUUUUUUUCUUAAAAGGCAACCUAUGAGGUAUGCAUAGUUUUAACAGAAAUCGUGUUGUCAUUUGAGGUGAAGGGGAAAUGCUUUCAUUGCAGUUGUGAUUUAUCUCACUGGUGGCAGUGGGAUGAAAAAUUACAUACUGCUCCUUUAAUUUCCAUAUUUAUACAGAACAUAAAGCCAUAUCUAGGUAUGUAUCAUAGUUUACAUUAACCUUUCUGAUUGCGGAUCAAAACUCAUAGGAAUUCAUUAUAAUAAUAUAAAUUAAAUUAUAUAAAAUGAUGUAAUUUUUUGGACUUCCUCCCUAGGCUAUUUCACAGACCCUGGGGUCCCUGAACCUGAAUUUGAGAAACAUUGAUGUAAACAAGCCAAUAACAGGUUUCUAUAGAUAAUAAAACUUUACUCUGUGUAAUAUUGACUCCGGAACAUUAAAUCCUGGUCAGUCUGGGCCAGCAUAGCUCAGUUCCCAAUUUGCUGCUGACUUAACAAUACAGUCCCGAGAGCUUGUGUGCUGUUAGCUGACCAUUUCUCACCCUUCAGUCGAGCUAGUCAGGAAAACAAGCACAGAUAGUGGCAGUAUUGUGUGAGAGACACCGUACUCCCUCAGGGAGGCUCCGAGAGAAGGGAAAAGCACGGGGAAGCAGCAGGAGAAGCUGGAGUGUGUCUUUGUUUGUGUGUGCCUUUUUUGUGUGUGUGCCAAAGAGUUGGGUAAUUGACUUGCAGUGUGUCUGUUUAUGCGUAUGCCCUAAGCACACUUUGCUCAUUGUUAUCAUUGCUCCGAGUGCGGAGUGUGAGAGCACAGUGCCCUCUAAGUGAGAGUGUGUCCUUAGCUGUAGCUGCAUCGGAAAUGGCUGGUCAAACACCACUGAAGCCACUGCAAAGAUAUUCCAUGACUCAUUGUUUUUAAAGUCCUUUCCCACUAGUUCAGCAGAUCUCUGCGGAGUUGGAAGGGCUGUCUACAUUUAUUCACAACCUCGAUAAAUAUCUUAUUGUGCAUAUGUAAUGAUAAAUACCUUAUUUUGCUUAUGUAAUGUGGAGGGAAGAUAGCAACAUAAUGUUGCAAGUGUAGCCCAAGUUUUGUAUUUAAGUUAUCUGUAUCCAUAAGUAUAACAGCAGAGUGAAAUGUCUGCAUAAUGUUAACUAUUUUGAAGAGUUUUCCUUAAAUCAGUUGGAAGAUUACAGUGAUUUCAUUUUGGAGAAAUUAUUCAUGCUGUGAUGUGGCAGUUGGACGGCAUGGAAACUGGAAAGUAAAUUUUAGCAGCAUAACAGUUGUGUAGUGUUCUGGGAAUUCCCAUCAGAUGUCACCAAAGCUGAAUUCUGGCAAACAAACAAACAAAAAAAGACGAUAAAGUGAGCUUAACAUACUUUGACACCUCAACUUUAAGAACUCAUUUUAGCAAAAAGACACGGAAAAGUGUUUUUUUUUUUUUUUUUUUUUUUACUUUUUAUUCUUGCCCAGGAUCUUUCUCAAAGAUCACGUCAGUGAUGGCCUCUCUGGUGCAGCUGUUCAUAGACACGCCUCAUCUGGAAAACGUUUAGAACUCUGACGACAUCCGCACACACACUUUGGACACCACACCACACUCGAGCUUAGCCAUGUACAGCGUGGAGGACCUUCUUAUCUCUCAUGGAUACAAAAUCAGCAGCAACAACAAUGUCCCUCCAUCGCACUCAUCCUCAUCCUCGUCCCAUGAGCAGCGGCCGCCGACGCACAGCAACAGUCGGUGUGAAAUCACAGACAAGAGGACAGGACAUGGCGCAGUCAAUGGCUACAAAGCGGACUAUGUUUAUGGUGCUGGAGUGAAACAGUCUUCAUCUCGGGGUGGCCCCAGUGACACAGAGAUCAGGGACAAGAACCAGAAGACAGAGGAGGACAAUGCUAACCUAGUGGAUGGACAUUCGCCAGGAGGCACCUUGACCAGCGACAGCGGCUUUCAUGAUGCCCACAGAGAAAUGUACACUCAUCCACGGCCAGAGCAUGAUGUGUCUUACUGGCGGAGACGGGGUCAAGACUUCAACGUGCUCCUGGACUAUGUGGACAUCAGGGAGCCACAGGGAAAACAAUUAAGUGGUAAACAUAAAGCAGAGGGCAUGCAACGAAGGCCAGAGUCAGCAUUAACCACUGAAGAGCAUCGUCGUGAGAGACAACGCAGGGCAGACAGUGCACGUGCCAGAGAGCGUGAACUGGCCCUCUACCAGUGGAGACUGGCAGCAGAGAGGAAGUACCAGAGCCUAGGAACAGAAGAGUGGCGUCCAGCUGUAGGAAUAGGUCGACAUAUGUCUGAAAGUGAAGGUGAAAGAUGGGCACAGGAGCAGCGGCGGCCUCGAACAGCAGAGGGUGCUGUUCCUCCCAGGACCAAAGCCAAAUCCCAGUCCCUACCCAGAAUGGCCAUGCCCUCAGACAGCCUCCAGUACUUAAGCAUUUCAUCCUCUGGCCAAGAUCCUUGUGGAAGCUAUCGAUUAAAUGGGCACCAGUCACGGGUACCUCAAGGUCGCAGUCUCAGUGAAGGAGAAAGUAGGGAGCGAUGGACUGAAAAUAGCCGGUCAGGCGUACAAUCUGCACCCCCAUCAAAGCCUCGUUUUAGCCGACCUCUUAGACCCCCAUCAUAUGAGGUUCACCAGCAGAUGCGUGGAAGUUCAGAGAUGCUCUCUGGUGAUUUUAUGCCCCAUCCCAGAGACAGAACUCCACUGCCUUUUUCCAGACAGGAUUACUUUGCCCAGGAACUUGGGGGGUCUGGCAUGGAGCCCCCAGGUUACAUCCCUCCACCAUCAUACAGGAGGCAACCUGUCAUCAGGGGAGGACACAGGACUUAUGCUAAUUCCAUGGGGAACUACCAGUGCAGGGGAGACCCAUACAUUCAAGGGCCUGCCAUGGCCGAGGUCCAGGAGUGGUUCAUGAGACAGACAGGAAUGGCUUGGCCCGACAAUUACAGGGAUGGGAGAAGGAGUAUGCCCUGUAGGAGACAGGCAUACCCUGGAUAUGUAGAGGAGCACAUAGGGAAUGUUCAGUACAUACCCUUUGAUGACCCACGAGUCAGACAUAUCUCAGGAGGGAGAAUGGAUGGGAAUUCACUGACAGAUGCUGACAAAAUCAGGAAUAUCAGAAAAGACAUCCCCAUCACCUCCACAUCUGAGAAAUCUCCUGAUGACAGUGCCUUUCUGCUCUCAGGAAAACCAUUAAGCAGUACAGAAGCAAGUAACAGCAAUAUCAGUGACUGUGUUAAUGAAGCAGUCAUGCAUAAGGAGGUUUCAGGAGAGGUGAUCAACUCAAAAUCAACAAAUGAUGAAAACUCCAACAGAUACCCAGCCAGCCCUGACUAUCCAAAUACCUUCCGAACAACAUUAUCACAACAGAAACCUAGCAUAGACCAACAAUUCUGUGAGACAGUAACACAGGUAAAGACAUUUGAAGCACAAACAGCAGCUGAAAAUAAGAAGAACAAGAAGAAAAUUAAAGAGACUAUGUUCUGCUUAGUGUCAGUUCCAAUAAACAUGGUAGCCAACAAGGAAGCUACUGAUCCAAAUAACAAUGAAAAAGUAUCAAGCUUAGUAGUAGCAUCUACAGAAAAUUCAGUGACCCAGCAUUGUAGCAAAGACAUGCCAAAGAUUGCAAAUAACAAUGAGCAGUUAAUACAAUCCAGCAGCUCCUUAAACACAAAAAGGACCAAAAAAGUUCCACUGCGGAAAGAGAUCAUAGAUGUUUGGUCUCUCCAUGCAAGUGCUGACAAAGAAUUGUGCUAUGCAGGAUCCUGGCCAGGAGAUCAAUAUAAAAAUCAAGAGACUCAGACAGGUUCUCUUGAGGGUUCAAGAAAUACAAAUGCACAAAAUCCUCAAACCCAGGUCACAUAUGAUCCUCCAUCGUCCACAGACAGUGGGCUAGGCACUGAAUGCAGUGUCAACUACAAGUGUCCCAUAAAAGUCCAAAAGAAUUUCAACCUUUCCAGCAACAGUGCAUUUUCCCAAACAAAAGGAGCUAGCAGUUCAAAUGUAAAAAUCCCAGUUCAAGUCAUAACGACUCCAUCACCACCAUCUCCUGAUUACCAGCUACCACUGAGAAAGAGUGCACCCAAACCUCAAGCAUUAAAUGGCCAAGAGGCCUUUGGCCAGUUCUUGUUAAAACCUGUGAACAGGCGACCAUGGGAUGCCAUUGGGGAGCUUGAGUCUUUUAACAAGGAGCUGCAAGAUCAAAAUGCCAAACACCAAACCACUGAUCAGGCUAUAGAGGACCUGGAUGAAGCAUUGAGAAACAUUUUAGAGGUAGACAACACAAGCACAGAGUUCAUUAGGCCUGAGUUGGCUACACAUAUGGUUAAACAGCAACAUAAGGAAAGAAGUCCUAAGCAACAGCUAAAGAAUGACAACUUAGAUUUCAGGUCAGAUUUAGAGCACAGAAGUAUGACUCAAACAGAUAAAGAUUUCAGGGAAGUAGGAAGUGCCUUCUUUACACCAAUGGGGAGGUUUGUAAAUCCUGACAUACCACCAAGAGAAGAGAUGGACAGUGAGUUUGUCAAUUAUGAGGUCUUGAGUAUGAUGCAGGAUGACCCGAGGUUGAACAGGCUGGAUAUUCCAGUGCCAAAGGAAUCGUUACUGAAGGAUGUUGGACUUACAGUGUACACAGCGAUCCCAGACUCAGUGAAACUGGGAUCACCUGUAGGUUUAAGCCCCGAGUCUCCAAUGCUGACUAGUCCCUCUGACAACUCAGAAACAUGUGAUGCUUUACAAAUCACAUCUUCAGAUAGUGGUGGAGAUCAAAAUACAAACAGCCUUGACUUUAGUGCAAAUCAUAAGCGCUCAAACAGUAAUAUAAGUUUUGCUACUAAGCCUGACCAUAAGAAAGUGUCAGAGAACAGCAAAGUUAUCACUGACUCAGAAAGGUCACCUCACAUUCGUGGUGUCAGAAGUCAGCAUUUCACAUUUAUGGCAAACUAUGAUAAUACUGAUUAUGAUGAUGAUGAUCCGUAUCUGAGCAAUGAAAAAACAAUAGCAGAUGAACAUCUGGAGGCUCUUCUGAGUCAAGAGAAAGCCAAUAGCAUGCCAACAGAAGAUCUCAGCAAUCUGUAUCAAAUUCAGUGUGCCAAAGGAAUUCCUGUGCAUGAGUCACUUGAACAGAGAGCAGCCAGGAUCCUGGGCAUUGCUGUACCAGCUGAAGCCUUGGUUGUCAGUCAGGAUGGUUGCAGACAAGAUCAGGAAAAUGAGUACGGUAACAAACAGAGUGAGGAAAAGGCUAAAUUUGUUAUGCAAGCCAUGAAACUAAGGCCAAAUGAAGAAACACAGCAUGUGAGUAGAGAGUACGAGCAAGUGACAGAGACAUCAGUCCACACUCACGAACUGAUGGUGAAGAAUGAUACUGCCAUUGGGGAAGACCAUGGCUCUACAGGAGAUAAGUCCAAUAAGGAGGGCCAUACUACUUCUUUAGUGUUAGAUUUACCUGAGUUUCCACCCAAUAACCUGCGUUUAUCACUGCCAGUGACUGAAGAUGAGGAUCUGACUUUAAGUGUGUGUGGAGGUGAGAAAAAGGUUACGCCUGCUGCAGACAUGUCUGAAGGCCAGCUGGACAAGUCCAUCGUAUAUCACCCAUCUUCUGUGUGCAGAAAUGAAGAAAUGUCUGCAGAGCGCAUUAAUCCUGUCCUGGAGGAUGAGUCAAUGUCAUGCGUCAGCGGUUUCGAAGAAGAGAUCCAGAAAGGGAGGGGAGAAGAGGAAAUAGGAAAGGAAAGAACCGAAAAUAGAGUUCAAGAGGACAACGUACUAGAAGGAGAAGAGGAGCAAUUUGUAAUGAAUGAAAUGAGAGUAAAUGAGUGGCAAGCUGCUUUUGAGAAAAAGAUAGAUGAGGAUAUUGAUAGAAAGAGGGAUGAGGAGGAAGAGCUAAAAGAAGAAAUAGUGGAAAGAACAAUACAGUCACCACAGUCCAUGGGUUGCUCAGUCCCAGUCUCUCAGUCACGCAGUGGAACAGUGGUCAAGAGGGAAAUCACGCUCCCGGACACCUUUAGUAUGACCACUGAUUCAGAUUCACUUGAGGAUGAUGACAUUCAGUCUGUUUCAGACUCUUAUGAUCCCAGUCGAGUUGAGAGGGUGUAAACCUGGACAUUGGCACAGCAUCUCAGACUGACCACACUGUCCUGUCCUGUCACUGUGACCUGGCUGGGAAAUCAGUCAAAUCUUUUGCUUUUCUUUUAAACUUAUUUUUGUCGUUGUUGUUGUUGUUCUAAACAAAAACUGACAGCACACUUUCCUCAUGUUAUGCAUCUUUUUAUAACAUAUUUUUUUAAUAAAAUGAGAAUGAUUCUGUUCAUACAGAGCUGUUGAGAAGAAUAUAACCUGGAAAUGAAUAUGUAUUACAUUUAAUGGCUGUAAAUAGUUUUAUCUGCACCAGCACAUCUUGAUGUUUGUCAGAUUUUCACCAAACAAGUUUAUAGAUAAACUAAAAUAAAAUAUACAACAUGCCAGCUUGGAAUCUCUUCUCCUGCAAUAUAACCAGUGACAAAGAAGUCAGUGCUUCAAUCUGUUACCAGAAGCAAAUUUAUAAACUGAAACAAGGUUUGAUUCUAAGUCUUCCAUCAUUAAAAAAAAAAAAAAAAAAAAAAAAAAAAAAAAAGAUGCAAGUGUGAGUGAAUAUUUAAUCUGUCUCAUCCAUUAUCAUCCUACAGCAAUGUACUCACUAACAAAGAGCACAACUGAAUGUUGUAUUUUGACAGCUGAGAUAUUCAUAUCACUGCAUCCAUGUAGCUGUUAUUAAAUAUUAGGUCAUACUAACUUUGUCAUUUUUCAAGCAUGUAAUACCUUUCGGUUUACUCUCGUUUCCAAUAUCAUAUAUGCAACAUGAGCUUGUAAUUAUCAGUAACCAGCAGAAAAUAUUAUAUCAUGUCAGAGAUGCAAAAACCUAACAAAUGUAUAUUUAUUUUUAAGUAAGCAAUCCUCAGACUGUACAAAGGAAAAUGCAACAUUAUAAAAUUACUUGACAUUUAACCGUGCAAUUCUAUUUGCUUGAUUACAAUCGCUUUGCAAAUGUCACCUAUGAGCGUGUGUAAUUUCCUGCAGAGUCUGUGCAGUAAAUGAGCUUUCAGAUGAUGGUGUGCCUUUGGACACAGAAAUGUCAAAAUGUAUUGUGUGUUGUUUGUAUAUUUCAUACGUCACUACAUCUUGCUUGACAAGUUAGAGUAUUGUGUUAUUAAUUAAUGUCUUGCAUGCUCAGUGUAGGCUCCACCUGAAGUUCUCCCAUUAGAGCACCAUCAGUAUUAGUACUUCAUAAACACCGUUUAAUGUUAUAUGUGAGGAACACGAGGAACAGCUACAUGAGAACCUCAAUAUCAUACAACACACACUCAUAAAUAUUAAGGCGAUUUGGUGCACUCAGGCCAUGUUCUAUAGAUGAUUAAUCUAAUGUCUAUAAGCAUAUGGGUGGCUGGGGAGAAAAGAGUCAUACAUACAUUUAACAGUAAGUGGCCGACGUCAUCAGUGUUUAGCUUUAGAACAUAAAUGACUAUGGUGUUGCUCAAGUAUAUUUCUUUUAAUGAUCCUUUCUAUUUUCAUACAGAAACAGUGUGUGUAUAUGUAUGUAUCUGUUCUUGUGUCACUGUUGCUGUGUGUUGAUUAAUUAUUCUGUGUUAGCAUGAGAUAAGCAGUGUAUCAUGGGUAAAACUGGGGAUUAGGGUUUUGCAUAUGAUUGCAUUUGGUACUAUGUAAUAAAAAUCAUUAUAUUUCAAAAUGCAUAUUUGUAUCUUCCAAAAGAAAACAUUGAUAUUUAAAAUAAAAACAUUAUUUUUUAGAGUAUUUUAAAGAAGCAAAGUGUUUAUUAUAUAGGCACAUAUUCAAAGCAACUGGUUUUAAACACAGUGUUGGGAAAGUGCUUUCUUUGUACAUUACAACAAAAUAUGAAUUAAUAAACUGUUUGCAUGGAC